AUUGUUGUUUGAGUGUACAGGAGCAACCACUGUCCCAUCAUGCCUCGCUCUUUCUUGGUAAAGAAAGUGAAACUGGACGAUUUUUCGGCCGCAGAGUUGGAGAGCUCAUACGGUCACAGCAGAAGAGAAGAGCUCAGUCUGCGAUUCCAUCAUCAUGACAAAGGCUACGUCAGCGAUUAUCUGAGUCCAUCUCCUUACGAUGAUGUGGUGGGAAGCGUCUCAUCUGUCAUCUCUAAAGUACCCUCCCCCAGCCACCCGUCAAUUAUCUAUGGCCGAAUUGACGACACCUAUUCCGGCAUCCAUGGCGAUAUCCACGGCGAUUCAGACCAGCCGGACAGCCCGCGCUCUGAGGUGUCGUCAUCAGCCGGUGGAUACAUCAACGGGGACGCAGCCGUGAGCGAAGGGUACACUGUGGAUGCGUUUUUCAUCAUGGACGGGCGAUCGCGGAGGAAAGCCGCGGCAACCCCAAGAGGAACCACCCAGAGGCACACCUGCAGCGAGUGUGGCAAAACCUACGCCACGUCCUCCAACCUGAGCCGGCACAAGCAGACGCACAGGAGCAUAGACAGCAAGAUGGCCAAGAAGUGCCCCACAUGUGGGAAAGUCUACGUUUCCAUGCCUGCGAUGGCCAUGCACCUGCUGACCCAUGACCUCAAGCACAAGUGUGACGUGUGCGGCAAAGCGUUCAGCCGGCCGUGGCUGCUGCAGGGCCACAUGCGCUCGCACACGGGCGAGAAGCCGUUCGGGUGUGCGCACUGUGGCAAAGCGUUCGCCGACAGGUCAAACCUGCGCGCUCACAUGCAGACGCACUCUGCCUUCAAGCACUACAAGUGUAAACGGUGUGACAAGACGUUUGCGCUCAAGAGUUACCUGAACAAGCACUACGAGUCGGCGUGCUUCAAGGGGGCUUUCUCCCCUAUGAGCUCAGUGGAUGAAUGA